UGAGGCGGAGGGAGGGGGUAAGAUGGCGGCGCCCGUCCUGCUGCGAGUCUCGGUGCCGCGCUGGGAGCGGGUGGCCCGCUCCGCCGUCUGCGCGGCCGGCAUCCUGCUUUCCCUCUACGCUUGCCACCUGGAGCGGGAGAAGGGCCGCGAUCUCCACUACCAGGCUCUGUGCGACCUCAGUGAGCGGGUCCGCUGCUCCGCCGCCAUCACCUCCAGAUGGGGUCGAGGAUUCGGACUGUUGGGUUCCAUCUUUGGAAAGGACAGUGCAAUAAAUCAGUCAAACAGUGUUUUUGGACUCGUGUUUUAUAUACUACAAAUGCUGCUUGGUAUGACAGCAAGUGCAGUAGCAGCUCUAAUCCUCAUGACAUCCUCCAUAGUGUCUGUAGUAGGGUCAUUGUACUUGGCAUACAUUCUGUACUUCGUGCUGAAGGAGUUUUGCAUUGUCUGCGUCCUCACAUACUUGCUGAACUUCAUUCUCUUUAUCAUCAACUACAAACGACUAGUUUAUUUGAACGAGGCCUGGAAACGGCAACUCCAACCCAAACAGGAGUGACACCUGUUUGAACUUUUGACUGACAGUCUGAAGAACCAACUUCCAUUUAAGUUUAUUUUGCAGUAAUUUUUUUAUUCUCCAUAUCAGACACUUUU